AAUUAAAAUCAUUCAAGUAUUUCAACCAUCAAAUAGAUUCAUUCAAUUAGUAAAUUAUAUUUCCUACAAAAGCUUAGAAAAUGCAAGGGCUCCAAGUUCUCGGAUAUUUUGCCAUAAUUGGCGCUGUAGUUUCUACCUCAAGUAUUCACUCGGCACUAAAUUCUUCCAAGGGACAAGAACCAAUUGGACCCAUCGACUGGAACUGUACCGGAAAUGGGGUGUUUCCAAAGCCGGAUAACUGUUCUCACUAUGUGGAAUGCUGGAUGAACAAUGCCAUACUUUGGCGUUGUACAGACACAAUGUUGUUUGAUUUGACCUAUAUGGGAUGCAACUGGCCUCAAUAUGUAAACUGCGGGAACAGACCUGGAGGACCAUUUAGGUGUCCAACCCCCGACGGGUACUUUCCAGAUCCAGAGUCCUGCUUAUCCUUCUACGUCUGUGAGCGUAGCAUUGCGUACAAAAAUUAUUGUCAGCCUGGCUUAUGGUAUAAUCCUAAUACGAGAGCUUGUGACUAUCCAGGUGAUUUCUGUAGCAUUGGAAAUCACUAAAGAUAAGUAUAUUAGAUUAGUACGAAAAUAAAUUUAUUCGAAUUUAAUGUAUAA